AUGUAUUCCACCAAAUUUAAUCAAUACCUUGCAUAUUCAGUUAGCAUCAGUGAUGUAAAUAUUAGGUCAGGAAAAACUUUGCAAUCACCUGUUACUCUUGUCAUCAUAGAGUUAACUAAUGAAGAGGAGGAAAAAAUAGAACCUAGUCCUGUUUUGCAAACUGAAGAACCUAAGAAUUUGAAUCCUCCAUUACCUCAAACAUUAGCUCAACCAAAGUCUGUCCUUGAGCCAACAUUUGAUUUUCUAGGCCAGCUUAAGAAAGUUUCCAUUAAGAUACCUCUCUGUCAAGCAAUUAAUGAUGUAACUAUGUAUAGUAAGGUUAUUAGAGAGGCAUGCUUGAAGAAACUUGGGAGGAAGAAGAAGGACCUUGCAAUAGUUCAUGUAAUGGGUAAGUUAACUAAUGUUAUGCUAGGGAAACUAAUCUUACCUAAGUAUUCAGACCCUGGUAGCCCAAUAGUUGCAAUAAUGAUAAAUGGGAUUAUGGUUCAAAAUGAUCUCAUAGAUUUAGGAGUUGCUAUCAAUGUCAUGACGAAAGAGAUCAUGCAGAAUCUGAAUUUGGCUAAUACAAGACCUACUCAUAUAGUUAUUCAACUAGAUGAUAGUUCUACAUUCAAGCUAGAUGGUAUGAUAGAAGAUAUUGUCGUCACUCUUGAUUAUUGGGAGUAUCCAGGUCAUUUUAUGGUUUUAUCUCCCAAGGCUACCUUGGGGUGA